UACUGAAGGCUGGUUUAUAGAACGUUUGCCAGCUGUCAUUGAGUCUUGAUCUUGAAGUUUUAAGACUUGAUUUUGUAAUCUUUAUCCUCAGCAUGCACACGUUUUGUUAACUGAAGCUGUGUGGACUUUAAGAACGAUAGAAGAGUGACAAAUGGGGCUAAAUGAAAAUAGUAAUGCUGCUUUGUCAUCAUAUAUCAGAAUUAUUUAGAAUGUCUGCUGGUUUUAGUUUCGCUCAGUGCGCUGCCUCCUCCCACUUUCAGCACUUCUCUUUUCAGAGUCGCGCUGCGCUUUUACGCGCGGCUCUAGAGACGCAGUGAUCAGAGAUCAGAGCGCUAUGCAGAGCUUCAUUGUCUGAGGGUAUCCAGCCAGAGCUGGCACCGUUGCUGGAAAAUGAUCGUGCUGCUCGGUCUGCUUUGUAUUCUCUGGGGAGAACAGGGUCGGUGUCUGGAGGAGGAUGGAGGAGGUUUCGCCUUCGAUGGAGACAUCCGCCACUUUUCAGUGGCCAACAACACGGUUUAUAUCGCUACAGAGGAGAAGCUGUACCAGCUGAGCCACGACCUGACUCUGAUCCACAGUCUGACUCUGAGAGGAAUCUUGAUGCCAAGUAAAGAUCCGAGGAAUAAUAAGUUUGACCGAGUCUCUGAGAAGACUUUCUGGAACGCAACUUUCAGCAUCAACUUAUUAUUACCAUUUGUUAAGAAUGGCGCUCAGAUCAUCUGCGGUGUGACAGACAAUGAGUGUGGUUACUGCGAGGUUCUGGACCUGAAGAACAUCUCUAACCUUCUGUACAAAGAACACGUCCAGGUGGGGCCACUGAGACGGAACAGCUCGUUCGUAGGUAUUCUGGUGGAUGUCAAGAAGAAUCCAUCUCAGACAGAGACUUAUAUUCUGACCGCGAUGCAGCCCGAAAAGAGCAAGUGCUCCUCUGAUGCUGAGACCAUCAACCUUCAAAAUUCAAACAACAAAGACGAGGCAGGUAUAUUUUCUCUAACUGAUGGAUCAUCAGGCACACCUACGAUCAAAAAUAAAAGCGAUGUGGAGUUUGUGGACGGAUUUCAGAUCAGUUCGAUCAUCUAUCUGCUCUCCAACGUAAGAAGUGACGCUAACAGCAACAAAGUCCGUCUCAUUUGGCUUGAAGGCGAAAGAAGUAAAACCCGAACUCUCAAGUCUCUACGGGGCGCGACUCUCAGUGUCUCUGAUGGUGAAGGCAGCAGACUUCUGGCCUCCUCGGUCAUCCCAGGUGGACAGACGGUUCUUUGGAGCGGAGUGUUCAGUGUGGACGGAGAACAAAGCAACACUGAGCUGGUGGUGUUUGACAUCAGUCCUGAUCUCAGUUUAGACAAAGAUAAGGAUCCAGACUUCUACUAUGUGGAUAGUCCCAACAAGAACCAGCCUGAGACUCUUAAACCAGAGGCAGUUCUCUUCAGGCAGCCCUACAUGACCUCUGUGCUGGCAGUGAGGCAGAAGACAUGGAUGGUUUUCUUCAUUGGUACAGGAGAUGGACAGCUCAUUAAGCUUGCUGUGGACAGGAACUAUCACCCUGCUUGUCCCAAGGUGCUCUACAGGGCCAGUGACGACCGCCAAGUGUUUCCCAAAAUACAACUGGAUCCAGUGGAUCAGAAACAUGUCUACGUUCCAUUUAGAAACCAGAUGAAGCGUGUGUCUGUAUCAAAGUGCAGCACAUACACAAAUGUACAGGAGUGUUUGUCUACACAGGAUCCAUACUGUGUCUGGUGUGGAUCUAAACAAAGGUGCACAUUUGAAGACGACUGCCAAGAUUCUGACUGGUUAUCUAUUCCUGAUGAUUCCACAGAGAAAAUCAUUUCUCACAAAGUUCUAAAGAACCCCAGUGGAGAGAUCACACUAAAGAUCCAGACCCACCUGACUGUCAACUGGACAGAGGAUAACUUUGCCUGUGAAAUCUUUGCACCAUCUAGAGAACGUUGUCCACAAAAUAGUCGUCCUCUGUUCCCACAAUGCACCUGCAACCUAUCCCAUGGCUCAAUUCCUGCUGACGGCCUGGAUGUCACUGUAAAGAUGAGACUUGGGAAGACAAACCUUUCAGAGCGUCUGAAGCUAACCAACUGCUCUGACAUCAGUGGACCUCCAACUUCUGUCUUGUGUCAGCAGUGUAUCAAGGCUGGAUGUGGAUGGAACAUAAACAGCUGUUCAUGGUCUAAUGAAGGAGUGGAUAAUGACAGUGUUUGUCAAAAGUUGGAGCCUGGGAUGAACUUUUCUAAGCCAGAAAUCUCCUCCAUCUCUCCCAGUGUUGUGUCUUUCUACGGUAGAAACCAUGCCUUGUUGUCAGGUCAGAACCUCAUUAAUGUGACCAGAGUGAGGAUCCAGACAGACCUGGACUGUUCUCCACAAGAAUCUCCUGUAUGGAACAAGACUGGUGUGAGUCUGACGUUCCACAUUGCCACUACAGAAAAGAAAGGUUUCGUCAAAGCAUGCGUUCUACUGCCAGAUGGCAGUUGCCACGGCAACGCUAAAAUCACCUAUCGAUCAACACCAUCCUGCACUGACAUUGUACCAAGCAGCACCUGGGCCAGUGGGAAGAGGAAGGUCACACUCAUGGGGUCUCACUUGGAGUUUGUGGAAGGAAUCACACACAGCCACGGACAGACGGAAGUCCAACUUCCCACAACCAGCAGCAGUCAGAAACUCUCGUACGACACACCUGCAGCUUUAAGGCCUCAGACGACUUCUAGCAGCACUGUGUAUUUGAAAGUAGCCAAUCAAUCCUUGGCUUGUUCCACAAAAAUAACCUACUAUCCAGACCCUGUGUUCACCAGCUUCUCAUUCACAAGGACGGGGGACGGUUUUCGUGUCACCAUACAGAAAAAAGCAGAUAAACUGGAGAUGAAAUCGUCAGAACUGUCAGUGUCUGGUGUUCAAGAUGGAAAGAAAUAUGCUUGUGUCAUGGAAGAGAUAGAGACCAACAACGAGACUGACUUUUUCACCUGUCACAUACAAAGCACAUCCAGCUUUACAUUUCAGCACAUAGAGAUAAAGUAUGGUGGCCAGACAGUGCUGCUAGGUCCUCUGCCUGUAGUUCAUCAGGUCCUUCUGAUAGUGGGUUUGGUGCUGAUACCUUGUGUCAUAGGUGAGAUGGAGAAUAAAUACUGAUACUGCUCGGUCUCAAUCAGUAACUCUUCAUCUUUCAGUGUUAGUGUUUAUCUAUCGCUGGCAAAGGAGACGCACCGCUGAGAUGAACAUGCUCUGACCACAGAUGCCUAGCUCUCCAUCCGUUCUCACAAGGAACAAGUUCACCAGCUGCCUACACAUUUGUAUUAAAAGGCUUCUUCAUUUUCAAUAAGUAUUUUUUCUUCUAACAUUUUCUUCCUGUCUCUGUAAGUUUGUGGUGCAGAUGUGACUUCAGGCAGCCUGCUACCAGCCAAGAUUAAUUCCACACAACCCACUUUGAUACGUUGACAGCGCAAAUAGUUUGUUUUGCUCUUUUAUCAUCAUGUAUAUUUAUCAUACAGACCUCAGACCACAGAAAUCCUCCUUUCCUCUAAAUCUGAACCAGAAAAAUAAUAAGCAUAUUUCACAAAAUCUUUUGUAUAUUUAGUGUGUAUAUGUUUCUGAUUUAUUUUAUUUUAUCUCAUUCUAUAUUUUUUAUGCAACAAACACCAAGGUAAAUUCCUUGUAUGUACACAUAUACUUGGCAAUAAAGUCUUUUGUGAUUCUGAACAUUAUUUUCUAAAACUGAAAUAAACAACCCAAGUAUAAAAACAGUAUGUAUACAUUUUAUAUUCUGUUUACACCACUUUUAUAGAAGGCUAGUAGCACUGUAACUCUUCUUCCCACGAUGGCCUUUGAUCCUUAUCACAGUCACUCUCAUACACUCUGAAAAAUGAUUCAUGGGGUUAGUAAGUAACGCUCAAAAUCAAGAGCUUUUUCUGCAUAAAAGAAAGUUUGUUAUGUGUAUGUAUUAUAAUGAGUUGAUAACUUAAUUGAACGCGUUGGUCUAUAUGAAAAAGAAUAGAUAGUCCCAACUCAGUAUUACAUGAAUUUUCAACUGAUAUUUCUGCCUUAAUUAAAGGCAGUGAACAGGGCAGCUGUGACUACUCGUGUAAUUUAUCUACGAUAAAGCGCUAUAUAUUAUUAUUUUAACGUAAUCAAAAUUAAGUUUGUUUAACUUAAAUAAGCUCGUGGAGGACAAGACAGAUUAUGUUGCUGGCACUAAAGUAAUUGAGUUGGUCUAAUUAAGUCUUGUGGCAUGUAUUUAAUGCUAGAUGAGUUGUAAUAACUUAAAAAAUGUCCAAAGUUUUACGUUGAGCGACACGUUUUUUGAAGUGCAGUUAACAGGAAAUGUGAGUUACGCAGGUAACGGACAGCUGUCCAGAUGUUUUCUUUUAGAAUUAGAUAUAGGUUCAGACAAGAAGUCCAUCACAUAAUGGAUUCCGAAAGAAUGCGCAUUAAAUUGAGUAUUUCCAGCCUUGUGUCGCGCCACACCUUUUACGUCUCAGUUCCCCACCAGUGAGGCGCGCCCCACACUUGAGAACUGACGUAGGGCGAGUUCACGCUAAACUGGGUAUUAUCGUCUCUGAGUAAACUGAAAAGCAAGUCUAUAAAAGGAUGUCAUUGCGACUGUUCCUGUCGCUCAGUGCCCUCCUUCCUCCCACUUCUCUUUUCAGAGCCGCGCUGCGCUUUUACGCGAGGCUUUAGAAACGCAGUGUCAGACAUCAGGGCGCUAUGCAAAGCUUCACUGUCUGUACCAGCUGAGCCACGAUAUGACUUUAUAAAUCUCAAACUGUGAAAUUUCACAGUUUCAGCAGCAAUUUACAGGCACUCAACACCAUACGUACUGUAUAACACAACAUACUAUAUACAGGAUAUUAACAUAAUUACAAAAAAAAAAAAAAAAAAGGUGAAUUGAAAAAAGUCAAUAGAAAAGGAAAAAGAAAUAAUGUACAGAGUGUUAUCUGUCACGUAUAGAUGAGGAGCUGAACAGGCAUAUGGCUUGGGGCAGGAAAGAUUUCCUGUAGCGUUCUUUGAGACAAUGGAGUUGUCUGAGUCUCUUGGAGAGCAAGCUCCAUUGUCAGUCUAUCAUCUGGUGGAGAGGGUGGUCAGGGUUAUCUAUGUUUAAUAACAGUUUAUUAAGUGUCCUCCUCUCCACCACCUCCUCAAAAGUUACCUGUGUGCAGCCAAUGACAGAGCCAGUCUUCCUGAUCACUUAAUUCAGUCUGUUGGUAUCACUGGCUGCAAUGCUGUUCCCCCAGAAAACAACAGCAGAGAAAAGGCUGGCCACAACAGACUGGUAGAAGAUCUCCAGCAUCAGUACAGUGAAUACAGUGAAGUAGAGUCUGCUGCAGCCCUUCUUGUACACAGCUGUACAAGAAGUACAGGUAUCUGUACUCCUCCAGCACCUCCACAUCCCUACCAAGUAUGCUGAGGGGCUGAGGAUCUGUUCCCUUCCUCCUGAAGUCAAUCACCAUCUCUUUGGUCUUGCCCACGUUAAGCAGCAG